AAGGCAGUUUACCAUUAGUAUCUCUAUAAAACACACACUUGUCAAAACAAAACAAAACCCCUUAGGGCGUCUCCUUCAUUACAUUUUAUAGUCUUUAGUGACUGUUGGAGACUCCCAUUUCCUUGUGACCUCAUUAAUACAAGACUCACAAUUGGUUAAUAAUAACACAUGGGCAAAGCAUAUCCGUUAUACGUCAUUUGUUCAGCAUUAUUUCUAAGAAAAGCUUAUAACAAAAGUUCAUCUAAGUUCAGCGUGUGUUGUGUACACCUGUCAAUCAACCUUGGUUAGGCAUCUAAGCCCAAAAACUUAUAAAAUAACCAUCUUUCUACAUAGUCUAACUGCAAAGCGAUCUAAGUCUCAACACCUGCACUGUUAGGCUAGCAUGUCUUGACCACAAAAAUCGCCUAGUUUGUAUUCAGUUUUUUCCGCUCUACGCUCUCUUUACCACAACUACUUUCUAAAGAUGUAAAAAUAGAUCUUUUAGGUAGAAUCUGACCUCUGCUCUGAGUUCAUCACAUGCAGGUGUUAGUUCAAUCAAAACCACACACACACACACACACACACGAAUCAAACCUGACUGUUCAGUACCUCUUAAAAUAAAAAUACAAGAUAUAGUUGGAAGAUAUAACUCAAAAUAUAACUUAAGACUUGCAAAAUUAAAGACUCUUCAAGCAAAACAACUUUGUAAUGUAAAGAUUAAGCAGACAACUAAUGAUGUUACUUUUUCUCUCCUCCAUUUUGGUUCAUGAUGCGUGAUGUAUGAUAUUCACCUGACAUUGUAAAAUUUAGUCACAUUCAACUACCAUUUAAAACGAUCCGUUAAACAACAGGGCUUUUUAUGUUGAGGCUUGCUGGUGUUAUAUCCUCAUCUCUGCAUUGCAGGUUGAAUCGUAGGUGGUUUUCCUGGCAGACUCACGCUUUUUCCAACUUUUCCAGUUGGCGGAGAGCCUUGACACCGUUGUGUCCAAAACUUUCCUGGAUAAGGCUAAUGACGUUCAUUUUGUCUACUGUUUAUGUAAUUAUACUUCUCUUUUUUCUUUUGUUCAGACAAGGUAUAGUUUUUUAGAUGUUACCUGCUUGACAGUUUCGACUGUGACUCCAGUCUUCCUCAGAAGCGUCAUCCGACAUGCUGCUGAUGUGUCAUUUAUCAGCUGGUCUGUUCGAUGGACCAAUCAGAGUCUGUUGAGCUGACCGCGCCUCCUCCACCUUGGGUGGUCUCUGGAGGAGGGAAUCCCAGGUGUGAGAGAGAGUGUACGCCCCCUUGUCCCGGUUGAUUGAAAUUUUUGUAAUGACAACAGACAACGACGACGACGGAUGCCGCAUGAUGACAAUAGCUUACGGCCUGUCGGCCAGUAAGCUAAUAAAAACAGAAAACAUAACCAACCAAAUUAAUGGGAAUUUUACAUAGAGUAGAAAAUAAUUGAUUUGCUUCUUAAUUAUUAGAUCUUAACAAUUGUAACCUUCAAAAAUUGCCCUACCAUUUUUUUAAAAACCAAAAAUUAGCUCCACAUUGGUAAAUCCAUACUGGCCUCAUUCCAUAGUUUAACUCCAAAUACAGAUAUACAUCUUCUUUUAGUCUCUUUUCAAGCUUUUUCUUCAACACAUUUACAAACAUCUCACAAAUCAUAUUAAGACACGUGUUGGGAAGAACCUUUGUACACACACAAGGAGUCACUUUAAUUUGGCUUUAUAUGUUAUUUACAUUAUUUUAUAGUAAACCAAAUCAUUACAUUUCAUAAUAUGGGAUUUCAUAAACAAUUGAUUUGCAUGUUCAUAGUAUCUGGCCUUAUUAAUUAUACGUAUGAUUGGUUUUUGUAGAAGGACUACAGUAUUUAUUGUUGUUUUGAACGUCAUGGACUGGUUUAGUCCUUCAGGUUUUAAUAGAAAUCUGAGAAACCAUCAUCACAUGGUGAUCGGUCAUCGUCACCACCGUAUUUUCUUCCUAGACUUUGAGAAUCAGCUGUGCUUGUCCUUCCCUUCAGGUCCCAUCAUGAGCUCCAGGAGGACAUCUAGUGGUCUGACAGUAGAACUACAGCAGAAUACACACACACACACACACACACACACACACACACACACACACACACAGAUCAGCCAUUACACUUAAACUCACAUUCACACCACAAACAUCACCCACAAACACCUUCAUGAAGUCACAUCUACAUUAAACACACACCAUAUGAGAUGUGGGAUGCAGGUCUUGGUCCAAAACCCUGAGUCUGGUUUAUCUCUGAACCGCUGGUCCACAUCUGACUCUUCUCCAUCAUAUAACCACGUCUCAAACUCUGCUGUUUUCAGUGUUUGUUGUGUGACUGAUGUGGAUUCAGCAGAAUGGAUCAGUGUGAGGACAGAGAGGAGGGAGCCCCUCCCCCAAAGACCACUGACAGGACCCUCCCAGGACCUGGACCUGUCAGAUCCCCCAAAGCUCAGAGAGUGGAGCAGCAGAGCUCAGAGGUUCCCACUGGUCUACAGGAUCAGACUCAGCUGGACUCCAUAUUUGAGGAAACACAGAAGGCUCCACUUAAAGAAAGUCUGUUGAAUAUUCUGGACAAUUUGGUCAACAGCGAUUUUAAAAAGUUCAAGUGGUUCUUGGAAAAUGAAAAACCACCAAUCCCAGUGAGUCGACUGGAGAACGCAGACCGGAUGGACACAGUGGAUCUGAUGGUCCAGACCUACUACACAAAUACUCAGAGAGUCACUGUAAGGGUUCUGGAGAAGAUGAACAGUACCGAUCUGGUGCAGAAACUUUCACAAGACAUCCCAGUGUCUAAAGAGAGCAUUGACCAGUGUCGGCGAAAACUGAAGGUUAAGCUGAAGCGGAAGUUUGAGUGUGUGUUUGAGGGCAUCGCUAAAGAAGGACUCCCCAAAACCCUCCUGAACCAGAUCUACACAGAGCUCUACAUCACAGAGGGAGGGGCUACAGAGGUCAACCAGGACCAUGAGGUCAGACAGAUUGAAAAAGCAUCCAGGAACCCACACAGACCACAAACAAUCAUCACAUGUGAAGACAUCUUUAAAACACCACCUGACAGUGCUCAACCAAUCAGAACAGUGCUGACAAAGGGUGUGGCCGGCAUCGGGAAAACAGUCUUAACACAGAAGUUCAGUCUGGACUGGGCUGAAGACAAAGCCAACCAGGAUAUCCACUUCAUAUUUCCAUUCACCUUCAGAGAGCUGAAUGUGCUGAAACAGAAGAAGUUCAGCUUGGUGGAACUGGUUCAUCACUUCUUCACUGAAACCAGAGAAGCAGGAAUCUGGAUCUUUGAAGACCUCCAGGUGGUGUUCAUCUUAGACGGUCUGGAUGAGUGUCGACCUCCUCUGGACCUCAACAACACUCAGAUCCUGACUGAUGUUACAGAGUCCACCUCAGUGGAUGUGCUGCUGAUGAACCUCAUCAGGGGGAACCUGCUUCCCUCUGCUCGCCUCUGGAUAACCACACGACCUGCAGCAGCCAAUCAGAUCCCUACUGAAUAUCGUGGCAUGGUGACAGAGGUCAGAGGGUUCACUGACCCACAGAAGGAGGAGUACUUCAGGAAGAGGUUCACAGAUGAAGAACAGACCAACACAAUCAUCUCCCACAUCAAGACAUCACGAAGCGUCCACAUCAUGUGUCACAUCCCAGUCUUCUGCUGGAUCACUGCUACAGUUCUGGAGGACAUGUUGAAGACCACAGACAGAAGACAACUGCCCAAGACCCUGACUGAGAUGUACAUCCACUUCCUGGUGGUUCAGGCCAAACUGAAGAGCAUCAAGUACGAUGGAAGAUCUGGGACAGAUUCACCCUGGAGUCCAGAGACCAGGAAGAUGAUUGAGUCUCUGGGAAAACUGGCCUUUGAGCAGCUGAAGAAAGGAAACCUGAUCUUCUAUGAAUCAGACCUGACAGAGUGUGGCAUCGAUAUCAGCUCAGCCUCAGUGUACUCAGGAGUGUUCACAGAGGUCUUCAAAGAGGAGAGAGGACUGUACCAGGACAAGAGGUUCUGCUUCAUCCAUCUGAGUGUCCAGGAGUUUCUGGCUGCUCUUCAUGUCCAUCAGACCUUCAUCAACACUGGAGUCAAUCUGCUGUCAGGACAAACAUCUGUUUGGUCUAAACUAUUCAUGGACAAAUCUGUCCAGUUCUACCAGACCGCUGUGGACCAGGCCUUACAGAGUCCAAAUGGACACUUGGACCUGAUCCUCCGCUUCCUCCUGGGUCUAUCACUGCCGACCAAUCAGGGUCUCCUACACAGUCUGGUGAAACCAACAGGAAGCAGCUCAGAGACCAACCAGAAAACUGUUGAGUACAUCAAGAAAAAGAUCAGUGAGAAUGUGUCUACAGAGAGAAGCAUCAACCUGUUCCACUGUCUGAAUGAACUGGAGGAUGGAUCUCUGGUGGAUCAGAUCCAACAGAACCUGAGAUCAGGACGUCUGUCCACAGAACAGCUGUCUCCUGCUGAAUGGUCAGCUCUGGCCUUCAUCUUACUGUCAUCAGAAAAAGACCUGGAUGUGUUUGACCUGAAGGAAUACUCUGGUUCAGAGGAGGCUCUUCUGAGGCUGCUGCCAGUGGUCAAAGCCUCCAACAAAGCUCUAUUCAGUGGCUGUAACCUGUCAGAGAGAAGCUGUGAAGCUCUGUCCUCAGUUCUCAGAUCCCAGUCCUGUAGUCUGACACUUCUGGAUCUGAGCAACCAUGACCUGAAGGAUUCAGGAGUGAAGAUCCUGUCAGAUGGACUGAAGAGUCCAGGAUGCAGACUGGACACUCUCAGACUCAGUGGCUGUAACCUGUCAGAGAGAAGCUGUGAAGCUCUGUCCUCAGUUCUCAGAUCCCAGUCCUGUAGUCUGACACUUCUGGAUCUGAGCAACAACGACCUGAAGGAUUCAGGAGUGAAGAUACUGUCAGAUGGACUGAAGAGUCCAGGAUGCAGACUGGACACUCUCAGACUCAGUGGCUGUAACCUGUCAGAGAGAAGCUGUGAAGCUCUGCCCUCAGUUCUCAGAUCCCAGUCCUGUAGUCUGAUGAAUCUGGAUCUGAGUAAGAAUGACCUGAAGGAUUCAGGAGUGAGGAUCCUGUCAGAUGGACUGAAGAGUCCAGGAUGCAGACUGGACACUCUCAGACUGUCAGGAUGUCUGAUCACAGAGGAAGGAUGUUCUUCUCUGGUCUCAGCCCUACAGUCCAAUCCAUCCCAUCUCAGACUGCUAGACCUGAGCUACAACCAUCCAGGAGCCUCAGGACAGGAGCUGUCUGCUCUAGUGGAGGAUCCACACUGGAGACUGGAC